ACUUGGAAGCUGCUUCAACAACUUAAAAUAUAUAUUGAUCACUUGCAUCUAUAAAUACAUGGCAGAAUUACAUUCUGUAAUGCAUUACCUUUGACAAGAAUAUUCUAAGCUAAGCUUAAGACAACUAAUCAUGAGCGAAAACGGUCAUCGAGGCGGUACUUCUUCCGUUUACCGGGGUGUCAGGAAGCGGAAAUGGGGCAAAUGGGUGUCCGAAAUUCGUGAGCCAGGGAAGAAUACCAGAAUCUGGCUUGGGAGUUUUGAGACGCCGGAAAUGGCGGCAGCCGCUUAUGACGCGGCGGCAUUUUACCUCAGGGGUGAUGUUGCCAAGCUUAAUUUCCCCGAAAGGGUAAACGGUCUCCCUAGGCCGGUGAACUCGAGUGCGGAAUGCAUACGCAUGGUGGCACAAGAAGCGGCAUUGCAGUUCACACCUUCCUUGCCGGAAUAUGAGCAAGAACAAGGUGGCUCGAGCUCGGGUCAUACAGUGCCGGUCAAUGUCGGGCUUUCACCGAGCCAAAUUCAGGCCAUAAAUGAGUCACCACUUGAUUCCCCCAAAUUUUGGAUGGAAUUAAAUGAUGCUCUUUUGGAUGAUCCGAAAACGUAUUUUUCUAACGCUAGUUACUUUGACCCUGUGGCUGACUGGGAAGAGAUACCUGACUAUACUCUCUGGGGUCCUUAGGUAACAAAAAGAAAAGAAAAUGAUAGUAUUAUUUUUAUUAUAAUAAAAAAGAAACAAAAAGAAAUGGUCCUAAAAAAUUAGUUACUUACAAAAUUUAUAAAAUAUUUUUUCAUGAUUUUUUUAUUAAUAAAACUUAUUUUUUUUGUGUGUCAUAAUUAUUUAUAUGAUAGUGUGCGUUUCUAGUGGUCAAUCUUUUUUCUAUUAAUAAAGCCUAAGGUCCAAGUGACUACUUUUGACCUUGGGUGUGGCCCAAAAAUAAAGGAACCAGCAAGAUAGUUAAUCUUUAACAACACGUGGGUAGUGACGGAACCAGAACUUUUCAACUGGGUCACAACAUAAAUUCUUUUUUUAACUACACUACUAAAGACAAUUUGGGGGUCAAACUAAAAAAAAAAAUACGAUCAUGUUGACUCACGAUUCUGACCAUGCAUGUGAGGCUCACGGUUAAAUACUCAUCUACUAUGGAUUCAAUGUAAUGAGCUGAUUUUUAAUAGCUCAUUUGACACUACUGAUCUGGAAAGCUGCAGUGCUAGCAAGGGCCAGGUGCUUAUAAGAAUCGAUUCUUUUGUGUGUGCGUGUGUGUUUUAUUUCAUGAUGUACGCAACAAAGGUUCCUGUAAGAUUUGAUAUGCCAGUUAUGUUGCCUUGUAUAAAAUUAGUAGCCUCAUCAUAUGCAACGACUACCGUUAGUGUCUA